CUUCUGUUGGCUUGAGCUGCUACCAUACCGACGUCAGUGACUGAUUGUAUGCUCGGGUGAAGAUGGCGGAGGCAGCUGCGGCACAACACCGCUUUUUCUGUCACUGCUGUAAAGGUGAAAUCGACCCUAAAUUCCCAGAAUUCACUUGCCCCAGGUGUGAGUCCGAUUUCAUUGAGGAGUUGUCAGAAGACUCCAGUCUCUUGGAGAACAGCAGCACUGCAGAGGCCAAUGAUGAUGCAGGCACACUAUUUUCAGAGCUGUGGCAGCUGCUGUUUAUGGAACGCUCUGCCCUCCUCUCGGACCCCUCCGCCUAUGAGUCUGACCAGAGCCAACUACAGGCUGCCCCUGCCAGUGAUGCAGUGGAGGACGAACUGGAGGGCCCUUCUGUGGACCCUGUGGGACGCACAGAGCCUUUGGAGCCUGAACCGGAACGCCCCUCUCGCCCGCCUAGCCAGGGGAGUCGACAGUCCCGCGCUCCAGCAGUGGAGGGUAUUGUGCAGCAGUUUUUGGCUGGCCUGUUUGCCAGCAAUGGAAAUCCAGGUGUCGCACCAGCUGCACUGUCUGGCAUGUUCCAUUCAAAUCCAGGGGACUAUGCCUGGGGUCAGGGAGGUCUAGACGCAGUUAUCACAGAGUUGUUAGGUCAGUUUGAGUGUACAGGUCCACCUCCUGCAGAAAAGGAGAUGAUCUCAUCCCUCCCCACAGUCAACAUCUCUCAAGAACAGACAGACACAAGACUGGAGUGUCCAGUAUGUAGGGAGGAGUACUCCGUGGGAGAGUCUGUCAAACAGCUGCCCUGCCUCCAUUAUUUCCACAGUGACUGCAUAGUGCCAUGGCUCAAACUGCACGAUACCUGUCCUGUGUGUCGUAAAAGUCUUGACGGCGUCGACCAGAGCAUCCAGCCCCCACCAGAACCCCCAGAGCCCCCCUCCAUCAGGACAGACCCUCAGGGGGAGAGACGGGCUAUUUAAGAUCACUGUACAUUUCCUGGGGAACUUUGAUUGGGGUGAGAAAGAUCCAAUAUGCCUGCAAUAUAACCUCACCUGCAAAUGGUUCCAACUGUUUUCUGACAAAAUGUUAUGGAUUCAAUUUGUCCCUUCGUAGAGGCAUUUCACCUGUUCUGAAUGUCUAUUAAAAACAAAUGAACUGACAUCAUUGAGCCAUAGGGACGUGACAAAUGUGAUGAAAUAAGGAGAUUUUGGGAAAAUCCUGAAAGGUGAGCUGAACUCACUCUCUUGCAUUGUUGAUCUGGAUAAGAGAAUUUCCCUACUCUGUUCUCUCUGACCGCUUUGGUUGCAUCGCAAUAAUCUCUGCUUUCUCCUGAAGGGUGUACUUGUUCACUUCAUGGAUUUGAAAGGAAAUUACUGGUAUAUGGAAACUCCUAGGCCAUGCCUAAACCAAUCCAAAGCUUUUACAUUUGAGUAGUGAACGAAUGCAAACUUCGGGAGGAAGGAGAGGUGGUUGGGAAUGCAACCACAGGGAGAAUCUCAAUUGCAUACUUGCGUCCUCUCUACUUCUCAAAAUCCAUUGGAGGAGAGGAUCAGAGGGGCGGGAUCUUUGGCUUUCUCUUCCAAUGGGUUGCAAUUGGGUAUGCAAUUGAAACUCUCCCCCGUCUCCCACUUCCACAUAUUAGUUAAUAAUGUCCACCUCUCUUUAUGUCCCCUAUUAAAAGCCUAAUGUUGUGUUCUUCACACUAUCCACCUACUUCCUGUUACAACAUUAUGCACUUUCCUAAUGCAUUAGUCUUUUACCUCUUUCUAUCAUUUUAUUUUGAAUGAUAAGUACAAGUCACAGCAAAAAAACAGACAUGUUUUUAAUAUUUAAUAUUUAAUAUUGAUUUGCCUAUAUGUGUAUUGGUAUGUACACUGAUCAAAAAAUAAAGGGAACACUUAAA